UUUACUCCAACCCCUGGAUUUGGCGGUAUUCAAGUCAUUUAAAACAAGCUGGGAUAAAAAGCUAGUGCAAUGGCAACGACAAAACGUCGGCGUAAAAUUACGUAAACAAACAUUUUCGGAAUUGUUUGCUGAAACGUGGCAUCAAGUAAGUCCAUUUGUGAUCCAAAGUGGCUUUAGAAAGGGAGGUAUUUACCCAUUAAAUGCAGAUGUUAUACCAGAAGAAAAGUAUGAUCCGGCGGCCUUAAGAAGAUGGAAAUAUAAGGUGUCUCAGAACAAAUCAAACGAGUUGAAAACACUGAAACAAAUGUGCCUGGAAGUAGUAAAUAAAAACAUGUCUUGCAACUUUACUUCGACUACUCAGUUUGGUAUAAGCAAUUCGCAGUUUCCGCCGCAAUACGAGACUUCAUUUGAAGAACUACUUCUGCAAAAAGUUUCGCAACAUUCUAAGAAUGGCACUGGCUCUAAUAAGACAGUCAAGUUAUCACGUGCUGCAAAAGGAAGCGAAGUCAUCACACGCACAUACUUGGAGAAAAUGAAAGAAAAAGAGGUACAGAAUACACAAAAUACUAAUAUGAACUCAAUAGAAACAUCUGCUUCUCUACCCAACGAUAAUGAAAAACCCGGCCCAUCUGGCAUAUCAAACAAAAAACUUAAGAAAAAGAAAGAAACUCAAAAAACUAGAACUCAAGACAAGAAAGUAACGAUUGAUAAGACGAACGAUCAAAAGAACACAAUUAUUACUAAAAAGGGAAAAGGCGUGGGCAAAAAGUCUAAGACUGUAAUUGAAAGUCACACUCGGACGGAUACCCUCGAAAGUCGUGGGAAAGAUACAAAUGAAAACACAAUAUGUCAGAAUAUAUCGAAUAGCACUAAUCUGAAUAUACAAAAUGCGGAAAAUUGUUUCCAGAAAACUGGUAGGAAUAAAACCAAACAUGUACCUAAAAAACAAAGACUGAAAACAACAUGUUUCAAAAAAACAAUGAAAAAAAUUAAACGACCUCCCAGUGUCACAACGACUUCUGAAAGUGGCGAAAUAAGUAUCCAUAGCGACUCAGAUAUAAUAGAUGUGCUUAGUGAUAUUUUUUCAGAAUCAGACUUUGUUCCUUAUAAAGAGGAACAAGAAUUAUCAAGAACACUAGAAAUGAACCAGAUAAUUUUGCAGAGAGAUCAAGACAUGGAGGAACUGCAGAUAAAUGAAAUAGUAGAAGUGUUGCAAAAGGGUGAGAGAAUGGAAGAGUUGCAGAUUGAGGAGAAAGUGGAUGACGAAAUAGCUGAUAAAAGAGAGAGAGUCACUAUGUUAUCUUCUGUUCGUUACAGACCUGAAAAUAAACCUUUUAUCGGGAAGUUACAGCUAAAAAAAAUUGAUUUAAAUUUUGACGUAACCAAUAAACGUCGCAAAGAUACAAAUGAUGAAAGAAACAAAGAAAAUAGACCAGCAAAAAUACCUAGACGGUUGAAUUUUAACGAUGAAAGAAAUGAAGAAAAGAAAAAUACACAUAAAAAUGAAGAACUAUCAGAAACAAAGAUCAGAGAGGAUAACAUCUAUCAAAAAGGAAAUGAAAAAAAUUCACUGGGUAAUACUAAGAUAUAUAACACUGGGGAUACAGUUUUGGUUCGUUACUACACAAAAUUUUGGAAAUAUUACGUCGGUGUUAUUGAGCACAUACAUAAUGAAACAGAAAAAAAGAAAUAUUCAAUAUGCUAUUACAAAACCAUUGGUAAAAAAUACCAUGUAAAAUUUGUUAUACCCAAACGUAAGGACCAAGACUGUGUGCCUGAAGAUUCAAUUGUGAAGCAAAUAAAAUUGCUUCAAAUAAAAGAGAAUCCGGGUGAAUUUACACUAUUAAAUGUCGAAGACGCGAUUUACUUUUAAUUUUUAACCGACUUCCAAAAAAGGAGGAGGUUCUCAAUUCGUCGGGAUCUUUUUUUUUUAUUUUUUUUUUUAUUUUUUAUGUAUGUUCCCCGA